AUGCUACGGGAAUGGUACGAGGGCUCUACGGGACGUCUACGGGCUGGCUACGGGAGCGCUACGCGGGAUCUACGGGACGCCUACGGGCUGGCUACGGGAGCGCUAGGCGGGAUCUACGGGACGUCUACGGGCUGGCUACGGGAGCGCUACGCGGGAUCUACGGGACGCCUACGGGCUGGCUACGGGAGCGCUACGCGGGAUCUACGGGACGUCUACGUGUUUGUUCUGCCCCAAUCUUUAGUGCGCGAACCACGUCACUUAAAACAAAAGCUGUGCGGCCUUCUAGGGCUAUGCGGUGGUGGGUUCGGAGGUGGUUACGGCGGUUCCCAGGGCAACCACGGCUACCAGGGCUACAACCAGGGUUACCAGCAACCACCAAUCAACAUCGGUAUCAGUCAGUCACAGACCUCCAGCUCUGGAGGUGGAGGAUAUUACGGAGGCAGUCAUCCAAGUAACCCCAACUACUACCAGUACAAUGGAAACUUUGGGCAUUACCCGAGGCCAUAUCCAGGUCACAACGGCUAUGGUUACAACCAAUUUAACGGCAACUUCAAUGGUGGUCCUAACUUUGGAGGAAGACCAGCUUUCUACGACGAAGAAACCGAUGCACCAGCUCAGCCCAGCAUCUCGUAUGGGUUCGGCAGCGGGUUCAGCAGCAACAUCGGCGGCAUCAGCCACUCCAGCGGCAUAGGAUCCGCCUACAGCAGCGGCGGAGGAUCGGCUUACGGCUCCGGAUCCGGGUCGUCGGGCAACGGAUUCUCCCAGGCCAUCGGAUCAGCACACGCAGCCCCAGCAUUGGUAUCCGUGUACUCACCCCCAGCCCUGUGGAUCUACCCCGGAUCAAACUCCGCAGCAGCCUCAGCCCAAAACAUUGGAGCCAUUGGAUCUGCCCAGUCCUCCGCCCAGAACGUCGGUCUGGGCCAAUACCAAUCAGCUGCUUCGUCAGCUCAGAACAACGGCUACGGCGGCUACCAGUCUGCAGCCUCUUCAGCCCAAAACGGAGGUUACGGACGAUUCCAAUCGGCUGCUGCUUCGGCUCAGAACAGAGGACACGGGCUCUACCAAUCUGCCGCGUCAUCAGCGCAGAACAACGGCUUGAGCCAAUCUGCCAUCUCUUCUGCACAGAACAAUGGUUUUGGACAACAGCAGUCUGCAGCUUCGUCUGCUCAAAAUAAUGGUAUCAGCCAGUCUGCCCUAUCGUCAGCACAGAACAUCGGUUUUGGCCAACAGCAGUCUGCUGCGUCAUCUGCACAAAACAACGGUUUGAGCCAGUCUGCUUUAUCCUCUGCGCAGAACAUUGGUCUCGGACAGCAACACUCUGCUGCGUCGUCAGCUCAGAACAAUGGCCUAAGUCAAAUCGCCUCAUCCUCUGCACUGAAUAAUGGUUUUGGACAACAGCAGUCUGCUGCGUCGUCAGCUCAGAACAAUGGUCUAAGCCAAUCCACCUUGACUUCCGCCCAGAACAUCGGUUUGGGUCAACAACAGUCAGCAGCUUCAUCCGCACAGAACAAUGGAUUAAGCCAAUCAGCACUUACAUCUGCACAGAACAUUGGUCUGGGACAACAGCAAUCUGCCGCUUCAUCAGCGCAAAACAACGGUUUAAGCCAAUCCGCCUUGACCUCUGCACAAAAUAUUGGACUUGACCAACAGCAGUCUGCUGCAUCAUCAGCUCAGAACAAUGGAUUAAACCAAUCAGCGCUUUCAUCGGCACAACAUAUUGUCCUAGGACAACAGCAAUCUGCAGCUUCAUCGGCUCAGAACAAUGCAUUAAGCCAAUCAGCACUUUCAUCAGCCCAGAACAUUGGUCUGGGACAACAGCAAUCUGCGGCUUCAUCAGCGCAGAACAACGGUUUAAGCCAAUCCACCUUAUCCUCUGCACAAAACAUUGGACUUGGCCAACAGCAGUCUGCUGCAUCAUCAGCUCAGAACAAUGGAUUAAGCCAAUCAGCACUUUCAUCGGCACAACAUAUUGGCCUAGGACAACAGCAAUCUGCGGCUUCAUCAGCGCAGAACAACGGUUUAAGCCAAUCCACCUUAUCCUCUGCACAAAACAUUGGACUUGGCCAACAGCAGUCUGCUGCAUCAUCAGCUCAGAACAAUGGAUUAAGCCAAUCAGCACUUUCAUCGGCACAACAUAUUGGCCUAGGACAACAGCAAUCUGCAGCUUCAUCAGCGCAGAACAACGGUUUAAGCCAAUCCACCUUAUCUUCUGCACAAAACAUUGGACUUGGCCAACAGCAGUCUGCUGCAUCAUCAGCUCAGAACAAUGGAUUAAGCCAAUCAGCACUUUCAUCGGCACAAAAUAUUGGCAUAGGACAACAGCAAUCUGCGGCUUCAUCGGCUCAGAACAAUGGAUUAAGCCAAUCAGCACUUUCAUCAGCCCAAAACAUUGGUCUGGGACAACAGCAAUCUGCGGCUUCAUCAGCGCAGAACAACGGUUUAAGCCAAUCCGCCUUAUCCUCUGCACAAAACUUUGGACUUGGCCAACAGCAGUCUGCUGCAUCAUCAACUCAGAACAAUGGAUUGAGCCAAUCAGCUUUAUCAUCUGCACAGAACUUCGGUUUUGGGAAACACCAAUCUGCUGCGUCCUCCGCUCAGAACAAUGGCUUGAGCCAGUCAGCGGUUUCAGCAGCACAGAACAACGGUUUCGGUCGUUACCAAUCCGCCAUUGCCUCCGCCCAGAAAGGUCUCGGAUACGAAUCCGCCAUCUCUUCUGCCAACUCCAACGGUCUAGGUUACGGUUCGUCUCUAUCUGCCGCUCAUAACAUCAACGGGAUCCAGUCCGCGUUGGCUACGGCUCAGGAAAACGAAAGAUUCAACACCAACUCUGCGAUCGCUUCUGUCCAGAACUACGGAGGCCACAGAACGAGUGUGGCGCAGGCUUUGCAGCACAGAGCCAAUCUGAUCCAAAGCAAUGCAAUCCACAACAUCGCUUUAGAGUCCGCCAAAUCUCAAGCCGGCGUCCCAGCCCAGCCGUCUAUCUCCUUCGGCAUCGGUAGCGGCUUUAGCAGCGACAUCGGUGGUAUCCGGCACUCCAACAGCUUCGGAGCAGCCUACCAGAGCGGAGGAGGCUCAGCCUACGGCGCCGGUCACGCCGGCAACGGAGCACAGGGAAUUGGCAUCGCCCAGGCCCCAUCACAUGAGUCAGGCCUCUUCAUCCUCAACGGCCAGAGAGUAGACCAGUACAGACCCCACGGCUACCAGUCUGCAGCGUCCUCCGCCCAGAAUGCCCCUGGAUACCAAUCAGCCGUUUCCAACGCUAACGGAUUGAGCGGUUCCUCUCUAUCUUCAGCCCAGAACGCGCCAGGAUUCCAAUCAGCCGUCUCCAAUGCUAAUGGAUACGGCGGAAAUUCUUUGUCUGCUGCCCAGAAUGCGCCAGGAUUCCAGUCAGCUGUAUCCAACACUAAUGGAUAUGGUGGAAAUACCAUCUCUGCUGCCCAGAACGCUCCAGGAUUCCAAUCAGCGAUCUCCAACGCCAACGGAUACGGUGGAAACUCCCUCUCUGCUGCACAGAACGCGCCUGGAUUCCAAUCAGCGAUCUCUAACUCCAACGGUCUCGGUGGAUCCUCGCUAUCCUCCGCGCAAAACACUCCAGGUUUCCAAUCAGCGAUCUCCAACGCUAACGGAUUAAGCGGCUCUUCAUUGUCUGCCGCUCAAAACGCGCCUGGUUUCCAGUCAGCUAUCUCCGCUGCUCAGGGCUAUGGUCCGUCUCCUGGAUCAGCUGUUGCCGCCUCCCAGAACUACGGUAGGAGCCAGGUGAACUUCGCCCAGGCGACUCAGCAGCGCGUUAACGGAUUCUCCAGCAGUGGAGCCACCAGCUACAACGCGCCGGGCUACCAGGCCGCCCAGUCCCACGCCAUCAACACUGGAUACUACUAG